AUGAUUACUCAUACUGAACUACCUCCCAACACUUCUCUGCCGUCGAAACCGGCAUCACAAGAGCCCGGUGAAUCCGCUCAGUUCAUGAGCCCUCUUUCCCCAGGCGGUCUCACGCUCCAAGUCGAUUUUGCCUGGUCAAAGUUCCGCAACAUAGUAGCUUCUAAAGGCGCUGAUCAACAGCUCACGCCGCUCUACGUUCAGCAUUUUCGCCCUGCAAAGCCUCAGUUGCGCUUCGAGCGCGCAACAGAUCACACAAUCAUCGCAAAAGGCACCAUCCACAAUUUCUCCAUCAGUGGCGAUUGCAUAAUCCAUGGCCAAGAAGUCAUUUUGAAGCCACUGAAACGGUGGAAGACCAAGUACAACUACCUCUCGCAUGCGCUUAACGGCAUCCCCAUCACCUGGACAGCCAACUCUACCAUGAAAGUUUGGGACUUCGUAUGCAUUAACUCCACGACCCAGGAAUCUAUCGCCAAGUUCAGUGUCAAUUUAUGGGCAAUGAAGCAAGUCGGAAACUUCUACUUUGAGAAGACAGGAGAGGAGGUUACAGAGGCUCUGAGAGACGAAGUUGUUGUCACAGGACUUACUCUGCUCUAUCUUAUGAUGACCAGGAUGAAUAACCCGAUGCAUCUGCUUGGUGCUGCCUUCGCGAAGCCAGGAAAGGUCGAGGGCGAUGGGAAGGAAGGUGUGGUAGCACAGGAGGAUGGAGCGUCAACUGGCAAGGCGAAGAUUACAUGA